AUGGUGGGGUGCCUGACAUCUUUGGGUUACCUUUUACUUCUCUCUUGUGUCUCAUCGACUGAAUCCCGCAUUCUGACAUUUGUUGUUGCCGUAUUUCGUCAUGGCGAUCGAUCCCCCAUUGAGUCGUUUCCCAUGGACCCUCACGGUGAGGAAGUGUGGGCACAAGGCUUCGGGCAGCUAACUGAGUUGGGGAUGAGACAGCAGUUUGACUUCGGCAGGUUUCUGAAGAGACGCUAUGGACACUUCCUCAGUGAAGACUACAACAGCAAAGAGGUGUACGUGCGGAGUACAGACUAUGACCGCACUCUAAUGAGUGCCCAGGCUAACCUGGCUGGGCUGUUCCCCCCAAACAGACGCCCCCCUCCCCUCAUGCCCCAGUUACCAUGGCGGCCCAUUCCAGUGCACACUGUCACCAGAGCACAGGAUAAGCUGUUGAAGUCCCCAAGCAAACACUGCCCCAGGUUUAGAGAGCUGAUGGGGGAGACGUUUGACAGCGAACACUACCGGAGAGUUCUCAAGUCUCACCAGCGAUUUAUACAGGAGCUCUCCAACCACACUGGGUAUCCCGUGUCUAGGCUGCUGGGCAGGAAUUCCAUAUGGAGGGUCUACGACACUCUCUCCUGUCAGAGGAAUCACAACCUGACCACCCCUGGCUGGGCCACACAGGAAGUACUCAACACUCUACAGGAAAUAUCCUCCUUUGAGGUCAUGUUCAGCGUCGUCACUCACAAGAGAAAGGAAAAGGCCAGGCUCUCAGGAGGGGUUCUGUUGAAUGCCAUCCUGAGGAAUUUCUCCAAGGCAGUGGAGCAAGGGAGCACGCUCAAGUUCAUCAUGUAUUCAGCACAUGACUCCACCCUCAUCACUAUCCAGGCUGCACUAGACGUGUACAAUGGUCUUCUUCCUCCUUAUGCUGCCUGUCAGCUCUUUGAGUUCUACCAAGAGGACGAUGGGUCCUAUUCUCUUGACUUGUAUUACCGUAAUGACUCAUCCCGUGAUCCCUACCCGACCCCUGUGCCUGGCUGUGAGACAACUCCGUGCCCUCUGACCUCAUUCACUGACCUGGUUAAAGAUGUCAUCUCAACGGACUGGGACGCCGAGUGUGGGCUCAAACCAUCAUGGUCCAACACAGGUGUCAUUGCGGCGCUUGCAGUGGCAGUGGCUAUCCUGACAAUGGCGCUGUUGGCCAGCAUAGCUGUGUUUAUUCACCAGAGGAGAAACCUGUACUGCAGGGAGGGGUAGUAAGGGCUCUCCAGGCUUGAAUAAGUCUUCCUAAAACAUCCUGGAGGCAGUUGGAGAGGACAGGGCAAUACAUCAAUACUUAUAGGCCUACUAUGAGAUUAAAAUGGAAAUAAUCCAUACAAUGACCUUGUGAAUUUUGUUCUCUUGUGAUCCAUUGUACUGUUUUGUAUUGUAUUGUAUUGAGUUCCUAUUGGAUUUUGUUCUAUUUAGCAGAAUGUCAAGUCAUCUUAGGUCUUUGUUGAGUGAUUUGGCUUUUUAUCAUAUUUAGAAAAUGAUUGAAUUAGUUGUCUCCUUGACUUUUUCCACAUUUUGUUGUCUUGCAGCCUGAAUUUAAAAUGGAUUACAUUAAGAUUUUAUUGUCACACACAAUAAUACCCCAUAAUGUCA